UCAAACAGAAGAAGCCCAAGGAAUUUUACAUAACUAAGAACUACACAAAUAUUCUAACUAUUACAUACUGUUCAAACUUGAAAUUUUAUCCUUUCACACACUCAUUUUCUUCAUUCCUUGACUAAUCUGUGGUGCUAGCGUUCAUUCUGGACUACAAUGUUGAUUAACGUUCAAAAUUUGUUAAGCAGGGAGGUUUUUUGAUAUAUUCCGGGCUUCUACGAGCAAACAAAAUCCUCAGCCAACAUCUGCCAUAGCCGGAAAUUAUUCCAGUUGUGUCACAUAUGAGACAGCGAGCAUGGUGAUUGGUCAAGAAGAAACUAAAACACCAUCACAAGAAUCUGUGUCACCUGGUACAGCAGUGUUCGAAACUGCUCCUUCAACCAACAGAGUUGUACCACCUGGAGGUCUUGGAGAUCUUGCAAUCAACAUAGAAGAGGGAUCAGAUGAUAAACUUUGCACAGAAUCAGAGGGUCAUCAAACUGGAGACAGAGAGAUUACUGAUGAUGAAAAGUCGAAAGGGAGCAGGGAGCAACAACCUAUAAUAACUUUAGAUGAAGAAGGCUCUAAAACAUUGGAAAUCCUAAAGAGCGUUGUUUAUGGUGGGUUAAUGGAAUCAAUGACAAGCCUAAGUGUUGUGUCAUCUGCAGCUGCUGCAGAUGCCACCACAAUGAACAUUGUAGCUAUGGGAUUGGCAAAUCUGAUUGGUGGAUUUUUCAUUUUUGGUCCUAAUGUGAGUAAUCUCUUGUCUAUUUAAUAUUUCUUAUCUAUUAGCAUAAUUUUCAAUAUCAAUAUCAUUGCAACAGUUAAUGUUAGCUUCUACUUGCAAUGUAGUUUCCAGUUCCACUACAAGAUUAAGCAUCAAAAUUAAGUUACAAGUAAUGGUUAGAAAUGUAUCUUUCUCAAACAGAGAAAAAUAACGGAAUAUGUUGAGAAACCUUGCACAAAAUCUGUUUAACCAUUCUAAUUUGUUAGGGACCAUAUUUUUGUUUAAUUCAUUGGCCGGCUAGCCUGUUCCAGUAUUACCUUAACAUUUUAUGACAAAUAAAGUACUUAUUAACUCUACAAAUAUUAUUUUUGUCAGUUGUUUAUCAUUCCAUCUAAUCAUCCUUGUUUAAACUCUGUCUAAUAUAUUGUAAAGUGUAGUUAAAAAAUGUAAUUAAAAUACCUUAACUCUCUAUAUCAUCACUAGUUUCUUC